UGCCUGUAAAUUACCCUGGCGUGAGUUUAGUGGAACUCCUCCCCAACAAGAACGGCCGCAGGAGGCGUCAGCGCCUCCCUCUACCUUCGACGGCAGCAGUGCUUGAAGGCGUGGCUGCGACCCCUGCAGCAACAGCAACAGCAACAGCAGCGGCUGCAGCUGCAGCAGUUGCUGCAGCUGCAGCAGCAGGAAGCAGCGCUGCUUCUCCUCCUGAUGAUAUGGGGUUGCUGCUACAGCGCGUCGUCCGACGCCUUGCCGAGCGGGCUGCCACAGCCCCAGCGGAGCAGGGGCCAAACCCUCCUCUUGCCUCUCUAGAGGCUCUGUGGGGUACCGGAGCAGCACCGAGCACAGCAUCCUCCUCCGCGAAUCCUACGGAAGGCCUAAUACUGCCUUAUGGUGGCUUGCUGCAGCUGGUGGACGCGCAGAAGGGUUGUCGGGGGGCCUCUCCAGACACUGGGCCCCCCCUCAAAGGGGCCUUCAAAUUGCCACCACCCUUGAAAAAGGGAGGAGAGAAUGGCGAAGGGUUUCUGACCCGGGGGACCCUUGUAUGUACAGACAGCACACUGGAAGAGGUCCCUCUGAGGCAGCCUGCCACCUCCUUCGGUCCUCAAUCGCCUCUGAGCGCCCUGACACAGAACAAGCAACAGCCGCAGCAGCAGCCGCUGGAUCCGUUGCAGAUACAAGCGAACUCUGGAGAGCCAUGUUGGGGCCCUUUGAGUACAACAGGUGCUGCAGUCUGCCCGAGAGAAGAGGCCCCCUUCGAGUCGCUGGGGGCCUUGCAGGGGCCCAGCAGCGUUGGCAUGGGUCUCGUGCCCUUUCGUGAUGGUCCCCAGGGGGAGCUUUUCAGGGAAGGGGAGGAAGGAAGGGCAAGACAGCUGAUAGGAGACACACAACUGGUAGGAGACAGACAACUGAUAGGAGACACACAGCUUAGUGGAGACUGCUGUGUGACCUCUGGCGGGCCUCUCUGGGGGAGAGGCACCACCGAUAUGUGGGGCCCCCGCUGCAUGCAACCGCUGGCUGAGGACUUGGAGGACGAGAGCCCCAAAACCUCAUGGAGCCCCACAGGCAGCACACAGGGGAGCGUCUCUGGAACGGCAGUUAGCCUGUCCUUGAGCACCGUUAACUCGCAGGGAUCUUCGCUUGAAAUGCAAAGGGGUGCUUGGGACAGUGCUGCGGUCCCCGGUGAAGCUGGCCUGAAUGCCAUUUUGCUCGAUGGGGAGGUCAGCGUCAGCAGCAGCAGCAGCAGCGGGAGCAACAGCAGCAACAACGGGACAAACAGCAGCAACAGCAGGCAGGGGCGUCGGGUAGGGGAGGAACGGGGGAGUUUGGCUUCCACGUGCUUCUCCCUGGACUUCGCUUUGGGUGCCAGCAGCAUAUCCUGUGGGCAGCAGGCAGAGACAGAGCAGCAACUGUCUCCUGCUGCACAGGUGCUUGGGGGUAUCGCCCCAGAGGAAGAAACUGCGGGGAGGCCCUUGGCAGCAGCAUCGGAGGGCUCCCCCGUCCCUGAAGGCGUUGGGGGACCCUGGGGAGCUGCUGCUGCUGCGGUUGCUGCUUCCAAGUGGGACGAGGGGAGUUGCAGGGAAGGAGGAGACAGUGGGCAGCAGGAGCCUGCUGCUACUGCUACAGCUGCUGAAAAGCGGUGGGGGGAGGACGAGGAGGAGCUGCUGCUUCCGCUCUCAGAGCUGCAGGGCCUGGCUGGAGGAAACAGUGAGAAGGAAGGAGACCCCGAUGACAGCACAAGGCUCGUGGCGUGCUUUGUGUCUCUUUUGAAGCUAAUGCAGGAAAACGAGACACCUGAUGCAUGCAAGGGGGACCCUCACAGGUCCGAGGGACAGCAGCAGCAGGCAGCCUCUCACCAGGUCCCUCCUGGCUUCGAGGAGGAGGUAUCUCCUUCUGGGGCUGCUCCUGCUGCCACUGCUGCUCCUGCAGCAGCCGCUGCUGCUGCAGCAGCGGCUACGAAGAAGACGGAAGCACAGGGCUGUGCUUCAGCAACACAGUUGCCCGCACGCUGGGGCAGCGCCCGACUUGCAGCUUAG